GAGUGAGGAGGACCAACCUCAGGAAGAGGAAGUUACCCAGUUAGAUAAGUGGAUCCCAGCUUCAGUGUGAAGAGGAGCGACAUGGAGCGAAGACACUCAGUGACUGCGCUCGCGCGGAGACCAACCCUCCUGCAGAGGACGGCGUGUUUGCUCACGGUGCUCGCGCUGCUGCUGCUGCUGCUGCUGCUUUUUGCUGCUGUGACGUUUCAGCUGCUGAUCAUUGUCAUGGAGAGAGGAGACCGUCACCAGGGUGAAAAGAAUCCUGGCAGACACUCACUGGGCAUCAGCAGCAAACAACAGCAGAUUCCUGAUGUGAUGAAGCCGUGUGCCAUAAUAAGAGCUCCUUGUUGUAAUAAGACGAAUGGGAAAUACCUUCUGUGGGAGCAUGAGCAGGGCAUGGCCCGCUGUCUUGGAGGUUUCCAGUACUCUGAUGGAGACCUUGUGGUGCCCAGAAAAGGCAUGUACAGAGUCUUCCUGCAGAUCACCUUUGCGAGUAAAACCAAGUGCUCCGGCGAGCUACCGCUCAAAAUCAUUGUGUUGGCUCUCAUGGAGAGUUACAAUGAAGACAUGCAUUUGCUGUCAUCUGUCGACACAGUGAAUUGCAACAUGACGCAAUGGAAGAAAUCCCUCCAUACGACUGGCAUCGUUUACCUGGAGGCGAAGAGUAGACUGCGCGUGAAGUCGUCCUACCCUGAACUUAUCGUGAGCGAUGAAAACUUUGUGUUCUUUGGUGCAGAACUUGUCACUGAGUUACCUGAUAGAGAGAUCUAAAUAGAUGUUGAGGUUGUCUGUGACCCCUCCACUCCAAACAGCAGCAGCAGCGCUCCAGACUAACAAUAUUUUUCAAGCGCCACCAUUUUAAGAGUUGCCUUUUUGUCAUUCCAUAUACAUUCACAGGUAUUUGAAUGAGUGCAAACUAGAAUAAAGUGUCUUCAGUUGAGGGACAUAUAGCACUGUUGCCUCACAGGUGCUUAUCGAGAGCACAGGCCUCGCAGACACUGGGGAAUAUGGAAGUCCCACACAGACCUGUCAAAGACAACUGUGCGGAGCCCUGCACAGUAGCUGUGUUUGCUGUGUGCAUUGUUACAGCUCAGGAACAUUCUAAAGCUAAUGAUACGCUGAAGAUUCUUCUCUGUUUUAUAUCUUUGUCAACUGCAAACCUACACAAAUAAUAUGUCACACAAAUCCAGUCAUUGCAAAUUCUAAUCAAGCCAAUCAGUGUUCAAUCAGCAGCUGUCGAACAUCCUGAUGUCAGUUACUGUUGGUUUGAUCCCUGAGGACAAAAGUGUGUCUCAUGCACUUCUGCAGUGACGGCCACAGCAUCCUGAGAUGUUUUUGGAGAAUUCGAAGCAAACGUUCUGUUAAGUCAUACUUUGACUUUGUGGUAACAGAUAUCUGCUCUUACCUUCCACUGUUGUAUUGUCUUUGUGUGACAAAGCAAACGCCUGCAGGGAGGGAACCAGCCACUUCUCUCAUGUAGUUACUUUCAGUUUAAAGACGCAGUGUGUUGGAGCCAUUUAGAGGUUUUUUGUUUAGAAUAUUUCUAAAAUAACUACAUGGUAUGAGUAUGGUUGAAAUUAUGAUCUAUUAUUAUUGUUUUUAUUAUUAUUUUGAUUAUUGUUGUUGUUAUUAUUUAUUGGGAAUUUAGUGUAAUUAAAAAGUAACCUAAUUUAGAUUUCGGGGCUAAGAUGUGUGUAUUUUGGUGAUUGAUUCCUGGGUGUGUCCAGGUCACGCUCCAGCGUAGGGAAAGCUCUUUGUGUCGGAGGGCGACAGAGCAAACAGUUUCUGACCGCAUUAAACGCAACUGACUGUAUUAGAUCGCCCCUUUGUGGGUCUCAGAUAUAACGACGUUGCUUGGAUUGUUUUUUCUUUUAGUUUAGAUGCAAAGCCAACUGGAGAUUAUUGUUCUAUAAAUAUCAAGAUAUAAAGAUCAAAACUCUCUGUGCGUGCUUUCAAGGAAAUGUGUCGGACUAUCUGUGCCCUGUGCAUUAUUGUCUUUGUAAUGUGCUGUUGUCGUCAUUGUUGAGUCCAUUGUUUGUUUCCUCUUGUUGAGUUUCAU